ACAUAAUUUGUUGCAUGUAAACAACAUUACUAUAUAUGCAAUAUCUGACAGGGUUCAGAGAAAGAGAACUGCAGAAUCAAGUCUCUGAUAAAACAGUUAUUGGAGAUGGAAAAUUUAGUGGCUUUGGUGGUGAUUCUGCUGCUGCUGCUGCUGGGGUCGUUGACAUUAACAAUGGGAGAUAGUGGUUUUGAAACAGAGGUCACAUAUGAUGGAAGAUCCCUUAUCAUUGAUGGCCACAGGAGAAUACUCUUUUCAGGUUCCAUUCACUAUCCUCGCAGCACUCCUCAGAUGUGGCCAGCGUUGAUAGCAAAAGCGAAAGAAGGAGGACUCGAAGUGAUUCAGACUUAUGUGUUUUGGAAUCUACACGAGCCCCAAAUCGGACAGUAUGAUUUCAGUGGUAGAUAUGACUUGGUGAGAUUCAUAAAGGAAAUCCAAGCUCAAGGGCUGUAUGUGUGCCUCAGGAUUGGGCCUUACAUUGAAAGUGAAUGGACUUAUGGGGGAUUUCCGUUCUGGUUACAUGAUAUUCCCGGCAUUGUAUACCGAACUGACAAUGAACCAUUCAAGAUGUACAUGCAAAAUUUCACGACAAAAAUAGUAAGCAUGAUGCAAUCAGAGGGUUUAUAUGCUUCUCAAGGAGGCCCAAUUAUACUGUCGCAGAUCGAGAAUGAAUAUCAAAACGUGGAAAAAGCAUUUGGAGAAGAUGGAUCACAGUAUGUUGAGUGGGCUGCAAAAAUGGCACUGGGCCUGAAGACUGGCGUGCCCUGGGUUAUGUGCAAGCAAACUGACGCUCCUGAUCCAGUGAUUAACACAUGCAACGGAAUGAAAUGUGGAGAAACUUUUACAGGACCGAACUCCCCCAAUAAGCCUGCAUUGUGGACAGAGAAUUGGACUUCUUUCUAUCAAGUUUAUGGUGGUGAGGCGUACAUAAGGUCUGCGAAAGACAUUGCAUUCCAUGUCACACUUUUUAUUGCAAGAAAAAAUGGAAGCUAUGUCAAUUACUAUAUGUACCAUGGCGGAACUAACUUGGGGAGAACAACCUCUGCUUAUGUCAUAACAUCCUAUUAUGAUCAAGCUCCACUUGAUGAAUAUGGUUUGUUAAGACAACCCAAGUGGGGACAUCUCAGGGAGUUACAUGCAGCAAUCAAGUCCUGUUCUACCACUUUAUUGGAAGGAAAGCAGAGCAUUUUCUCUUUAGGACAACGGCAGGAGGGUUAUGUUUUUGAAGAAGAAGGGAAGUGUGUUGCUUUCCUUGUAAACAAUGAUGAUGUGAAUAUGUUUGAUGUCCAAUUUCGCAACAGAUCAUACAAGUUGCCUCCAAAGUCAAUCAGUAUAUUACCAGAUUGUCAAAAUGUAACUUUCAAUACCGCAACUGUAAAUACAAAGAGCAACAGAAGAGUCAUAAGUCCAAUUCAAACUUUCAGCUCAGCGGAAAAAUGGGAGCAAUUUCAGGAUGUCAUCCCUAAUUUUGACCAGAUUUCGUUAAUAUCAAACACAUUACUUGAGCAAAUGAAUGUAACCAAACACAAAUCAGAUUAUCUAUGGUAUACUCUAAGGUUUGAAAAUAAUUUCUCUUGUAGUGAACCAAUACUCAAUAUUCAGUCUGCAGCUCAUGUUACUCAUGCUUUUGCAGACAACACAUACCUAGGAGGGGCACAUGGAAAUCACGAUGUGAAAUCAUUCACCACAGAGGUCCCCCUAACACUGAAUAAAGGGACAAACAAUAUAUCCAUACUAAGCGUUAUGGUUGGAUUCCCGGAUUCAGGAGCAUUUCUUGAACGAAGAUUUGCUGGCUUAACAACAGUGGAAAUUCAGUGCAGUGAGGGGUCCUUCGAUCUGACCAAUUCUACAUGGGGAUAUCAGGUUGGGUUACUGGGAGAGAAAUUACAAAUAUAUGAACCAAGUAGUAACGCUGUUCAAUGGGGUCCAUUAGGGAAUACUUCCAAUCAAAAUCUCAUUUGGUACAAGACAUCAUUUGAUAGAGCUAAGGGUGAUGAGGGUGUUGCCUUGAAUCUUGAAUCAAUGGGAAAAGGGGAAGUUUGGGUGAAUGGACAAAGCAUUGGUCGAUACUGGAUCUCCUUUCACCAUUCUAAAGACCAGCCUUCACAAAUACUGUACCAUGUGCCGGGAUCGUUCCUCAAAGAUACUGAAAAUGUUUUGGUUUUGUUUGAAGAAGAAGGUGGGAAUCCUCUUCACAUCUCCCUCAACACGGUUACCACUACAAAUACGGAUGACUAAACCAUUUCCCAAACUUAAUUUAUAAAUUAUACAAAGAAAAAAAGAAAAAAGAGAAACACACUUGAGGCAGGAUAGAAAUUUUUUCUUGUGCCAUUCAUAGAUUCAUACAGAAUCAAUUGAUACAAGAUGUAUUUUCUUCCAAGUUUGAUUGGGAUUGGUAACUCUUUAGGAAUUUGUUGU